AUGUGCCGCGAGGCAAGGCUUUCGGUGAUUGGCGCAGACGUCGGCGGGAGCUCCGCCUUGCUCGCGUCGCCGCUGCACCGCCGCUUCCUUUUGGAGGUGCGCGAGCUCGCCGUCCUCGGCUGGCCGCAGACCGUCACCUCGGUGGUCGGCUUUGCGCCUCGCAUCUUCCUGCUCUCGGCCGUCGCCCAUCUCCCGGAAGGAGAGCUCCUCGUGGGCGCUGCGGGCAUCGGGUCCAUGGUUUGCAACGUCUCGCAGCUGAUGCUGAUCCGCUCCUCCACCUUUGGCGCCGCGCCUGGCUGGGAGUGCACCCUCUUCGUGGCGUCUGGGCUGUGCGGCGGCGGCGCGGCGGCGUGCGCGGUGACGGCCGCCAUCCCCAUCUGCACGACGGUUUUUGUCUGCGAGUUUCUGCUCGUCUUUGGGUGGGGCCUCGCGGCGUGUAAUCGCAUAGGCAACUUGCUGGGAGAGGGAAAGGGGCAGGAGGCUCGCUUCUCCGGGGGCGUGGCGCUUGUCGCGGCCUCCCUCUCAUCGAUCACGCUCGCGGCGGUCGUCGUCUCCAACAGGCGGCGGAUCGCAACCUUCUUCGUGGAGGGCGAGAGCGAGGAGGCGGCGGCGGUGCUCGAGACGACGGUGUCGCUCAUGCCAGUCACGACCCUGUAUUCCGUCCUGGCCACCCUCGCCCCUGGGUGGAGCCAGCAGGUCCUGUUCGGGCUCGGCGCCGACUUGCGUGCGCCCGCGACCCUCAACAUAUUCGCCUUCUUCGCUGUCGGCGUCCCGGGAGGUUCGCUGCUCGCCUAUCGCUUCGGCAUGGGCGUCCAAGGCAUCUGGCUCGGCCUCGUCGCGGCCAUCGGCCUCGUCGUGGUGGGGCAGCACGCUCACCUGGCCCGGACUACGGACUGGCCCGAGAUGGCUCGCGUCGCGCGGGCGAGGGCCCUGCAACGGGAGGGCGCCGAAGCCACGGAGGGCGAUGCAGUGGCUCUGGCUCGGGCAAAAGAGCCGCCGGACCCUAAACGAGACGGCGAUGACGGGUUGGAGACUCUCGGUACUCAGUGCUCUCGUCUUUAA